AUGGCACAAGAAGCACCAGAAGCUAAAGCAGCUUUGACACCACAGCAGAUUCCCAAAACAUGCUUCGGAUGUAUGUGUGAAGCUGCUUCUGAAUGCGAUACCAGCACCGGAUGUCUUGGCGAUGUCUGCGGUCCAUUCCGUAUCACUUGGGGCUACUGGUCCGACGGUGGAAAGCCAACACUCAAUAAUGAGUCACCAAAUGCUGAUGGCGCAUGGACCCGUUGUGUAAAUGAUCCCUUCUGUGCCGCUAACGCUGUCCAAGGUUACAUGGACCGUUUUGCUCAGGAUUGUAAUGGAGACGGUGUAAUAAACUGCGACGACUACGUGCGCAUUCAUUAUCUUGGCGGGUAUGGAUGCAGUGGUCCUUUACCUCCUAAAUACGAGAACGCUUACAGAACUUGCAUGAACACUUUCAGCGGUUAA